AUGAUGGACGUUGAGAUUUAUUUGAAUCAGGGUCGUCAGUAUGCCAAGGACGGACAAUAUAAAACGGCUAUUGAGCAAUAUGAUCGAAUUAUUAAUAGUCAAUCUGUUGAACCAUCGACAAAAAUUGAUGCACUCUACUAUCGUGGAUGUGCAAGGAUCAAGUGUGGCCAAUACGAACAAGCGAUAAAAGAUUUUGAUUCAACUAUUGAAGGAAGCUCAUCUUCGGUGAAACAUAUUGAUGCUUUUUAUAAACGAGCUUACGUUAAACAUUUGACCGGACAGUAUGAUAUGGCAAUUAGAGACUAUCAGUCGUUUGUCGCUCAAUGUAGUGAUGAGUCGAUACCGAAAGGUCAGUUCAGUAUGGGCUGCACGUAUUUAUAUUUGAAUGAAAAUGAACAUGCAGUAGAUUGUUUUUAUCAAGCUAUUAAAAACGAGUCUAAUCAGCCACUCUAUUAUCUGUAUCGUGGUCGUGCCUAUGCCUGUCUCGGGCAAAUCCAAGAAGCUGUGCAAGAUCUUGAGCACGUUUGCUCUCACAGUACUGACUCUUAUUUAAUCGGUUUAGCUCAAAAUGAACUUGGUAAACACGUCGAAGCAAUUGAAUCGUACAAUAAAGCUCUCAGUCAGUAUCCGCAUAAUUCUGAUGCUCUAUUUCGCCGUGGUCUAUCACAUGCAUGUUUGAAUGAUCAUGAAAAAGCCAUAGAAGACUAUCUGAAAGCGGUUAAUGAAUAUGAUAGACAAGAUCGAAUUUAUUUUCGUCUUGGCAUAUCGAACUUUACUUGCAAUAAAUAUCAGGAAGCAAUGACAAACUUUAAUCAAUCCCUGAAACUAGCCUCUUAUCAUCCAGAUGUUUACUACGCACGGGGUAUAUUACAUUAUAAACUCGGUCGACAUGACGCAUCUAUUCAUGAUCAACGAAAAGCGUUUCAGCUUGGCGGCGGAUCGCAGUAUUACACACAACAGCUAAACGAUGUAAUGAAAACUUAUAACGAUGAUAAGAAAAAUUAUAAGAUUUGCAUUCGUGUCGGAGAAUGUCUAGAACAAGUGGCGCCCUAUACGAAAGAACCGGAUGUAACUCAUGACGAAGCUAAAGACUAUUAUCAGAAGGCCAAGAAGCUAGACCCAGCUCAACCAAACGCUGCUGUUCGAUUAGCCAUCAACGACUUUCAAACAAUUGAUGCUUGGAAUCGAGACUCAAUACAACAGUAUCCGAAUCCCAACGAUAUCCCACCUAAAACUGUUGACGACUAUGUUAACAGACAAUUGAGAGCGCUUGAAAAUUUAGCCGAAGCUUUCCAAGGCGAUAUAAAUAAACUAUCGGAUUAUUUUACUCGUGAAGUGCAGAAAUUAACCAGUCUCCAACGUGCAUUAAACAAGCGUGAAGCUUUUCAGCUUGAAAUCUCACAAAAUUUACAACGUAAAGCAGACCUGAUACAGGGAACACUAGAGGAGUUUAAAGGAUCAGAGGAACAACAGCAGUUUUAUAAAACUUUGUUUCUUAACAUUUGCAACUUAUUUGAUGGAUCUCGGCUUGUUUCCUCAGGUAUGGUGGAUCAUUCUCUAACUGGUUCGCUUAGUACGGCUGCAACAGGCGUUAAGUAUGGGUCUAAAAUAUUACAAAAAAUCGUUGAACAGUUUACACCAUUACCAGGUGGUGCGGCUGUUGAAACGGUUGUAGGCGGCGUUGUUUCGGGCUUAGAAAAAUGGGAUGCUACACGAAUUACAAAUGCCUUACGUGUCAUUGGAAAAUUAGACACUCAGGCGAAAAUGAAUGAGGCAGCAAAUUAUAUGGCACGUCAGUUGGCAAUUAUUUAUAAAUAUCAACUAGAACGAUUUAAACCAUCACCCGAAAGAAAAGACAGCGUUAAAUCCUUGCCAGAGGUCCGACAUGUAAAAUCGAAGUGUUGUUCAUGUGCGGAAGAUACAAUAAACAAAGCACUAAAUAAACCGACUGUAACAGUAAUACAGAUGCUUGCGGAAUAUGCCACAGCUCUUAUCUUAGAUACAAUAAAAACAUUCGACGUUACAUUGAAGCCCGAAGAACAGGGAUGCUGUGCCAACGGAUUUUGUGGAUUUUGUCGAAAAGGAACGGCAAAAUCGAAUAAAGUUCGUCCGCGGGCAAGAGCUGCUACCAUCAUACCACUGACAAUGGAAUUUCUAAAUGAAAAAUUAAUUGAUUGUGUUUGUAAUCCAGGCGAUAAACCUGUAUUGUCUAAGUUGCUUGGUACACUAGGGAUAGAUAAAAUAAAAUUGACGACUACAGUGCUACCAUCAUCUGAUGAAAAUGCUCUUGAAACAUCGCUACAGCGACCAGAACAACCAAAGAAAAAAGCAUGGCAUUUACAUGAAUUUUACCAGAAACCAGGUAUUGAAUUACGUACGACGGUUUCAGUUAAAGCAAUACCAGUGGGUAAUAAGCAGAAAUAUGUUGGAGAUUGGAUGGAUACUAAAAAUUAUUAUUAUCGUCUGGCAACAUUGUCAGAGCAGGAAAGAUUAACUGACCCAAACUUUGAUCCGAAAGAACUUGGAUUAGAAAAGGAAACAACAUCCGAAAUAGAAUGA